AUGGUCCCCAGUGCUGCCCUCGGAGCGGUGACCCUGGUUGGGUGCAGGAUGCGGACCCUGGCCUGGCUGGGCAUCGCCAGCCUGUGUCUGGGGGCAGCUUGGGCUGUCCCAGCCAAGGAGGAGAGGAGGAAGGCAGAGAAGCCAAAAGCUGAUCUUGCACUCUAUGAAAACCUGGACCUGGACAACUACGACCUGACGUUGGACAGCUAUGGGGAGAUCCUUGACCUGAGCAACUAUGAGGAGCUCUACGACUACGGUGACCUUGCUCCGAAGAUCGAGGUUGGCACCCUGGCUCCUCGCCCCAAGGACCCCGCAGCCCUCCCAGACCUGGGCGCCACGGCUGAAACCCCAAAGCUGCAGCCUCCGACCACCGCCGGCCCCGUCCGCCUGGCGCCCGUCCCCCCGGCUGCCUCUGCAUCCCCAGGCCUGCCCAGCUGCCUGCUCUGCCUGUGCAUCGGCACCUCCGUCUACUGCGACGAUGCCGACCUGGAACACAUCCCCCCGCUGCCGCCCGAGACCACCUACCUUUACGCCCGCUUCAACCGCAUCGGCGCGAUCCGGGCCAGCGAUUUCACAGGGCUGAAGAAGCUGAAGCGAAUAGACCUGACCAGCAAUUUCAUCUCCUGGGCGGACGUGGAUGCCUUCCGCCUGCUCCCCAGCCUGCAGGAGCUCAUCCUGCCCGAGAACAGGCUGACGGCGCUGCCCGAGCUGCCCCGCAGCAUCGUCCGCCUGGAUGCCCGUCUCAACAGGAUCGCCAGCACCGGCCUCCGGCCCGAAGCUUUCAGGGACCUGAAGCAGCUGCAGUUUCUCCAUCUGUCUGAUAACCAGCUGGACCAUAUCCCGGCGCCCCUGCCCGAGAGCCUGCGCUCCCUGCACCUCCAGAACAACAACAUCCAGACCAUGCAUGAGGACACGUUCUGUGACAGCCAAGACCACAGCCAGAUCCGCAGGGCGCUGGAGGACAUCCGCCUUGACGGCAACCCCAUCAACCUCAGCCUCUUCCCCAACGCCUAUUUCUGCCUGCCCCGCCUGCCCACAGGCCGCUUCUUCUGA